AUGGCUUUCGCAAGAUCCGCAACGCACAGCAUACACGAGAUGGCUUCGGGGAUUCUGCACCAUCAUAAGUCGAGGAGCGACGAGCCAUGUUCGGAGGAGAAGCACCAGGAGGAAAAGGACUUCGUGGCGCACUACGCCGAACAGCAUGAGAUUCUGGCGCCGGAAGAGGUACAGCAGGACCCAAGGAAUAAAGAUCUGGGUCGAAGCUCGAGGGGUUUGAAUGUUCACGACUUCAAUCUGAUCAGGACGCUAGGGACAGGUACCUUCGCGAGAGUCUGGCUUGUUAGUCUGGCGAAUCCAGCAGAAGAGGACAAAGAUAAGGUGUAUGCCUUGAAGGUAUUGCGCAAAGUUGAUGUUAUCAAGCUCAAACAAGUUGACCAUGUCAACCACGAGCGAUCCGUUCUUGCAGAUGUUGCUGGCCAUCCAUUUAUCACUACACUAAUUACAACGUUUUCCGACCACGAGUCUUUGUACAUGCUUCUCGAUUACUGCCCUGGCGGCGAAGUCUUCUCCUACUUACGAAAAGCGAAACGAUUCGACGAAAGCACAUCACGGUUUUAUGCCGCUGAAAUAGUACUCAUUUUGGAGUUCCUACACGAGCGCGAAGGCGUUGCAUACAGAGAUCUGAAACCGGAAAAUCUACUGCUAGAUGCAGAAGGACAUAUCAAAUUGGUGGAUUUUGGAUUUGCGAAGAGGUUGGGGAAUAGGGAAACUUACACGCUUUGCGGCACGCCAGAGUAUCUUGCGCCAGAAGUAAUUCAAUCGAAGGGCCAUACAACAGCCGUAGAUUGGUGGGCAUUGGGUAUCCUGAUAUACGAAUUUCUGACUGGGUAUCCACCAUUCUGGGAUGCAAAUCCCAUAGAAAUCUACAAAAAAAUCGUUUCCAAAGACGUCCGCUUCCCCUCCGAACCCGCCAUCUCCCCAGAAGCACAAGACAUAAUCCGCGCCUUCUGCGUCGUCGACCGCUCCAAACGACUCGGCAACAUCUCCGGGCGUGCCCAGCGCGUCAAAGAUCACCCCUUCUUCAAAGGCGUCAAUUGGGACGAUGUGUACUAUAGGAAGGAGAAGGGCCCGAUCAUACCGCCGAUUAGGUAUCCUGGUGAUGCGCAGUGCUUUGAUAUUUAUGAAGAUGAGAAGCCCGGGAGGGAGCACUAUAGUGAUGAGAUGGAGAGGAAGUGGGAUCAUCAUUUUAGGGACUUUUGA